CAGUCUGCCCGCCAUUGUGGCCGAGAACGCUGGUUUGUGUUACCGCGCUUUUCAUCCAGUAGAAACUCUACAAUAAACUUAUCCCGAGUUUUCCCGCGAAAGGUAAUUUCCGGUUCCUUCGGGCUGUGUUCCGUUUUUAAAUUUAUGGUUAUCCGUGCUUGUGAUUGUGUUUUGUUUUAGUUGUGGAAUAUUUUAAAGCCGGUGUGUAGAGUUUACCGUAAGCCUAUUUUGUUUGCUGUGGGAAGCAUUUCUGCCGCUUUUCAAUGCAUACUAUGGGUUGGAUAGCCCUGUCGGUGUUAGUCCUAGUCUCCGAGGCACAGGCUCAGGAGGUCUGUCUGUCGGCUGAGGAGGACCCGUACCUUCUGUUCGGGACCAAGACCGCCUACAACUUCGCUCACACCGCCGGGAUCUCGACCACCCGCAUACAGGAUGUUAUUGGAUGCAGUCCAAUAGCGUUUUGGUCACUGAACCGGCACGGCUCCCACAAUCCCGAGCUCAACGAAAUAAACGAACUGCAGAGACUCCAAGACUUGCGGGACAACAUCAUCGCCAACUACAAGAAUGGAAACUUUAGGAAUACUAACCAACGCAUGUGCACAUCCGACGUGAACCUGCUAGAACGAUGGCAGUGGAGCGCGCGGCACACGGCAGCUAGCGCGGGCGAGCUCACCAGCGAAGGCUACGUCACCGCGCAGAACCUGGCGCAGGCCUGGAGGCAGCGCUACCCGGGGCUCUUGACUGACAAUAGACAUGAUUACUUGUUCAAGUACCUGAACGACCGUAGAUCGACGAGCUCAUUCCGCGCCUACACUGAGGGUCUCUUCCGUGCGCAGGCGCAGGACCAAGACAUACCGAAUGCUAGCGACGAGAAAUUACUCACGCCCUACAAGUUCUGUCCAGCAUGGACGAAAGAUGUGGAACAGAAUAACGAAACCACAUCCUACCAGCUCAUCUUUGAAUCUAAGCAGGAGUACAGAGACAUGAUCAACAACAUCUCCCUCCGGCUCGGGUUCAACUAUGAGAUAGACAAGGAGAGCAUCAAGCGCAUGUACCAGAUGUGCAGAUACAACAAGGCGUGGGACAUCGCGCAGAUAUCGCCGUGGUGCGCUGCCUUCACAAAGAGUGACCUGCAACGUCUAGAAUACGCAGAGGACCUGGAGACCUACUAUAAAUACGGUUACGGCUCUCCGAUCAACCAGAAACUCGGAUGCGGCUUAGUUAAAGACAUGUUCGACUUCUUCCAACAUCAAAUUGAAAGUGGAGAUAUCCCCCAACAGCCCCGAGCUAAAAUCUACUUCACGGACGCUCCCACCCUCCUACUCACUCUGACGUCACUCGGCGCUCACCGGCAAGUCACUCCGCUGACGGGCGACAACUACCGGACUCAGGUGCAGCAGAGAAAAUGGGUGACGUCGACUGUCGCGCCUUAUAACGCGAACCUCGCCGCCGUGUUGUACAAAUGCGAUCCAAACAGCAACUACCAAAUCCAGGAGAAAUACCAAGUGCUGUUUCUUGAAAACGAGCAACAAAUGGUUUUAGACAACUGUCGCGUCGGCCUCUGCGAUUGGUCGCUCGUGAAACAGAAAUAUGGCAACACCUCAAGCUGUGAUAUGCAGUUUUGCAACGCCGCAAAUUCACUCAACAGCUUAUUCGGUAUUAGCUUGGCGUUGUUAAGUUUGGUUGUCCGGUACAUUUCUGUUUAAGUUUAUCUGUAAAAUGUUAGAAAACAAUUUAAUAGAGUAUAGCUUGUACCUGUUGUAUAUUGUUAUAUGUAGAUUCCAAAGUUUAAUAACCCACCCAAGCCAUUCAUACUAUGUAGAUACCAACAAACUAAAAUGUAUGAUAUGCGUAACUUUAAUCAUAGAAUCGUAAGAUAAAUUUGAAUGAAAUACUUGUUGACUAUGUUUGUUACAAUUUCUAUUAGUUUUAAGAAACCCACAUUUUUUAUAUUAAUUAUGUACUUACCUUAUUUUUUACUGUUGUUAGUGUCCGUAAGCCAAUAUACAUUUAUACCACCGUUAAACAAGAAUUGAUUCAUGAAGUAUACAACAUUUUAUUCGUAUUCCUGUUUUCAUAGUAUGUUGAUGUUAAAGAUGUUUUUAUCUGACUGUUAAUACCUACUUAUA